AUGUCUUCAGAGUGGCUUUCGGCCUGCGAGGUUUCUUGCGGAGACUAUCCGGUGGGCAUCGAUGACCUUGCCGGCACUGGGGUCAUUGUCGGCUUCGUUGGCGGGGCCUUUAUCGCCAUAGCCUUUAUGGUCCUGUAUUACUUCUGGGCAUACGAUCCUGCUAUCUGUAGUGCAGCACCGGUCAACCCAGUUGAUGACUGGGUGCUUAGAAUCCUCAAGGGGGCACACUGGCAGAUGGUGUGCUACCUCGCUUGGUUUGCAACCGUUACGCACCUGUCCGGGUUAAGCAUCAUGUCCAAACAUCUCCACGGACGUUCCUGGGAACGAAAAUCUCGAACGAUACUCAUGGGUAUCCUGCUCAUUGUUCUCGUAGUUGCGAUGGUGCCUAUGGCAGCCAUCACAAUAUCCGAGGACGAUGGUGGAGAAGACCUCAUACUGACCUGGAACUGCAACGCCACCUGCUUCUUCAGUCCGCAGUUCAUGGCCAACAAUCUUCACUCGGUGUCUUUGGGGCUUCAGUGGGGCGAUACCGACAUGCUGACACAGACUGCGGCCCAGUUUGGCUCAGCAAUAUUGGCCAUAGCAUUAAUAAUCCUUCAGAUCUCAACUGAAUUUUACACGGUAGAAGGCGCACUAAACCCCGAUCCCGACUACUUGGUUCACGGCUACCGCACACCUCAGGGUGACUAUCGUGGCGGAACCUGGAGUUUCGGACAGAUUCUGCCUGUGUUCCUCCUCAUCGCACCUGUGGUGGGAUUUCUAAGGUCAAUUGCCCCCAGCGACAGUAAACUGCAGCCAAGCAGUAAUUCAGAGGCUUCACCUCUUGGCAUCGGUCCGUAUCCCACAUAUCAACAUGGCAACAACAAGGGAGUACUGACCUUCUCCACAGGGAAAGAUAUCCCACAUUCUCCUGCCAUCUUCAACACCCUUACCAGGACGAGGUCCUCUGGUUCGAUGAUCGAUGCGGAUGCGGAUGCGCUUCCACAAGGCAGCCUCAGAUGCCUCAGGUAUCUGGAGAAAUCCACGUUUGGAGCCAGCCAGCUUGCCAAGAAUACUUUUGUCUUCACUACGUUGCUCGUCAUUGCCCUAAUGGCAUGGUUCUUGGCCGUGCUUUUCCUGGAUAUUGGGGUGUCAUACUCUCUCUCAACAAUAAUCUCGACCCUCCCAGGCGCCGUCUUGGUGGGCGCCCCGUUGGCAGGCUUUCUCCACCUCUUUUUGGCGACAGUUAUCUUCGACACGACCCCAGAAUCAAGUCGCCGUCGUUCAGUAUAUUACUGGGCUGCCCAAGUGUUCGUGGACGGGCUCCUGGCUACUAGUAUCGGAGUUGGGUCGAAGCAGUCAAAAGCAUUGGAUAAGGCUUUUUGGCCGCCUGACAAGUACGAUGAACCUACGAAUACUGAUGAGCUGGUCAUGUUCUUGUCGCCGAAUUUAUACAUCAUCUUCUUGAUGACUUGCAUUACGAUGCUGGUUAUGUUGAUUGCAACUGGCACGCACCUUUGCACAUUGAAAUCUCGGCACGCACCCCAAGAUUCCGAUCAAGCAAGUUCUCUUGUUGAAGAUUCUCCGGAGAUAUGA